AUGGGCGACUUGUUUUCGGAUGUCUAUUUGGCACUUCAGUCGGGUUUUAAUCUGUACAUUAGGAGCCUAAUUAUUCUCGAUAAAUCUGUUAUACUUGUGACUAUUGUUGCAUCACUUUUCUUCUUGGCUAACUUGGGCUUUUUAAAUAUUAAUUUCGCCUGUAUCUUUUACGCUUUGCUCAAGAAAACGCCUUUUGUCAGGUCUUACAUAAAGAAGAAGCUUGGUGAGGUUCUCAAAGAAGUUCAUAAAAGUGUUCAUAAGAAGACAUCACAUAUUGUUUACGAAAAACGUCUGCCAAAAUAUGGUCAUUCUAUGGAAGAAGUGCUUUCCAGUGUUCAAAAGUACAAAGCAUUGGAAUACAUAAAGUGGAAUGAAGGCUAUGCAUCCGGAAGCGUUUAUCCGAAGGAUGAUAUCCUUAAUGACUUAUGUGCCAAGGUUUUCAAAGAAUUUCUUUGGACAAAUCCACUACAUCCAGAUCUUUUUGUGGAUAUUCGCCGAAUGGAAGCUGAAAUAAUACGAAUGUGCGUAACAAUGUUUCAUGGAAACGAAGAUGCCUGCGGUUCUACUACAUCUGGGGGCACUGAAAGCAUAAUGCUUGCUUGCCUAGCUUAUCGUCAACUGGCAAGAGAACGCGGCAUUAAACAUCCAAAUAUGGUGAUCCCGACCUCAGCCCACCCAGCAUUUGAUAAGGCUGCACAUUGCUUCUCAAUUGAUGUUAUCCAUGUGCCACUGGAUCCCAUCACAUACAAAGUGAAUAUGGUCGAAAUGAAAUCAUCAAUCACCCGUGAUACGUGCAUGCUUGUUGGUUCGGCACCUGGAUUUCCUCAUGGAAUUAUUGAUCCUAUCAAAGAGAUCGCUGAGCUUGGUCGGAAAUAUAAUAUACCCGUACAUGUUGAUUGCUGUUUGGGCGGUUUCCUGUUGCCGUUUAUGAAUAUGAUUAAUUAUCCAAUCGAAGAAUUCGACUUUCAACUAUCUGGUGUAACAAUUUGGUUCGCCCCAAAAGGAGCAUCUGUUAUAAUGUACAGUAAUACUUAUUAUCGGUCUAAGCAGUAUUUUGUACAAACAACCUGGCCAGGUGGUAUAUACGCUUCACCAACGUUUCCAGGUAGUCGAUCUGGCGCACUGAUAGCAACGUGUUGGGCUUCGAUGAUGUAUCAUGGUGAAAAUGGUUAUUGUGAGUCUACAAAACGUAUCAUCAGUACAACACGAUAUAUUGCAAAUGAAUUACAAAAGAUUCCUGGUAUUUUUAUCUUUGGUAAUCCAAAUGUCUGUGUUGUAGCAUUUGGUUCAAAUGUGUUCAACAUAUACUGUUUAAGUAAAGCCUUGUCAGACAAACCGAAUGGAUGUGGAUGGAAUUUGAAUAACUUACAAUUUCCGCCAGCUAUUCAUUUAUGCGUUACAGAUAUGCACUGUAAGAAGGGUCAUGCCGAUAGGUUUAUUCAUGAUGUGGCGGAAAUUGCUAAUGAAUUAAUUGAAAAGCCAAACACUAAAGCUGAAGGUGUGGCGUCUCUUUAUGGAAUGUCACAACUCAUAUCGGACCGGUCACUUGUUGCAGAUUUAGCACAUGGCUAUUUAGAUGCCUACUAUGACACACCAAACAAUGAUAAUUCUGAAUCAGAUCUGCAUAGCAAAGAAUAA